CAAUUAAAAAAAAUGUGAGCGUUCUAAAUUUGAAAUGUGAGUUUGUGUAAAAUGGAGCGUCCGUCUGUGUAUCCGGCGAACUUGACGGAUUUGUUAGCUGUGUCGUAUCAAGAUGGCUUCGAUCGGUCAUCGCCUGUAUCUACAGAGGAUGAUAGUCAAUUUGGAGUGGAUUUGACAGGGAAGACGAGUUUGGCGGGCAAGUCGUUUACGAUAGCGGCCAUCUUGGGGCUGUCGGGGGCAGAGCAGGAUGCGAUGAACUUGAGUGUGGAGCGGCUGAGGAGCCCACAGCUGGGCUAUUGGGCUGGGCAGGAGAUUCAGAGGCUCAAUGAGGGGUUCUGUAGGAGCAUGGCGCCGUCGGGGCUCCGGCAAGACAGCCCGCGGCCGGAGACGAGGCCCCCGCAGCUGAAGCCCCCUCGCAGCCACGCCCUCUCCUGUAGUAGCAGUUCCGGGCGAAGCAAACGCAUCAGAACUAUUUUCACUCCGGAACAGCUCGAGAGGUUGGAGGCAGAGUUCGAGCGCCAGCAAUACAUGGUCGGCCCCGAGAGACUAUAUCUGGCUCAUGCGUUACAGCUCACAGAGGCACAGGUGAAGGUGUGGUUCCAGAACAGACGCAUCAAGUGGCGCAAGCACCACCUGGAGGUGACGCAGCAGCGGCUAGCUGUGCUGCAGAGACACAGAACUGACGGAGACGAAGACCUGUAAUCUUAGAACCACUAGCUAGAGUAAUCCUUGAACCUGUCAACACUACAGUAGCCGAUCUGCAUCAUAUUGUGCUGUGACCAAGACGAGGACAAUUUCAGCAUUACCAGAGUUAAGAACUAGGAGAGAUAGUGACACAAGUACCUCAUGGAGGUGACGCUAGCUGUUCUGCAGACUCAGACCUGACGGAGACGAAGACCUGUAAUCUUAGAACCACUAGCUAGAGUUAUCCUAGACUUCCUAGAUUGAUAUAACAAGAAUCAAACGAUCGGACCUAUAAUCUUAGGAGUAACGCUUAAGAUUUGGAUAGAUAGUAACGCAAGGGCCAACUGAAAGUUAAGGAACAGCGCCUGACCAGACCUGGAAACGAGGACCUCUGGAACUACCAGCAGUUACUAGAGUUAUGUCAAAAGAUAAGCAGCCAAGAAUUGACACAAGUACCUUCACUCAUAAUGAGAUGUCUUGGGUAUACCAAGCCUAGAAUGUCUUGGGACUACGCGAGAGUAUUCUGAUUAGUAUUCAUAAACAAAGUCUUAAGUAAAAGGGAAUAUUCCUAGCCUACUGGGACUGGGCCGGUCACGUCUACCGUAUGUAUCCGGAAAGGUGCGCUAGCUUAGCCACCAUGUGGAUGCCGGUAGAGGGACGUGGCAGGCCCAAACGGAGAUGGCGGGACGACCUGGACAGCUUCCUGAACAACUGGCCGGAGGAAGCACCCAAUCGGGAGUCUUGGAAAUUAAGGCGAGAGGCCUAUGCCCAUCAUUGGGACACUCAAAUAGGCUAGAAAAAGGGAAUAUUGAAUCUCCAUAAUGCUCCUAAUGUCUGGAGAAGAAUUACGACGAAUCAAGUGGUUAUUUAUUAGACCUUUAGGUCUAACGUGGCAAAAUGAUGUAUACAUAUAUGUUUUGGUGCGAAAAUUGACUUUAAAAAUGUGAGACUACAUUAAAAGUGAUUUAAAAUUAUCAGUGAACUUAUAAGUAUAUUGUAGUGACUACAAGUAAUGGUAAGGUACUGAGAAGUCUAGGUGUUUAGAAUACUUAUAAGAACCAAUAAGAACUAUAAAAAGUGUUUUUUUCGACACGGACGAUUUGCGGGAACAUUAUUUGCGUUAAUAAUUUAAGAUAGUUCGUAAGAUAUUAACAUAGUUUACAUUUGGCUUGCUAUACUAAGGAAAUGUGGUUCUUUUAUUUAAGUGCGUAACAGCUAGGUACUCUCUUAAGUGUAUCAGUAAAGGUACCAAUGAACUGGAA